UCUACUUUACUUUCUUGUCUAUCGCUCUUGCUUAACGAAGAUUUAGUUGUUCGAAAUACACGCUGUACAGACAACUGGUCAUUUUCGGCCAAGCAAUCAUCGUUUGUCGUGAGUGGAUUUCAUUUCGAGAAACUCUUACAUUGAAAAUUUCAGUCAUAAUGAUCAUUCGCACUUAUGCUCUCUACGACCGUAGCAAGCACAUGCUUGCUUGGCUGAUAAUCAUCCUCGUUGCUCUUGCAGGAGCAGCCUCGGUGGGAACGUUUGGACGGUUUUCAGGCAAUACGAUCAUCUUGCCAGGAGUUGGUUGCUACGAAACGUAUACAGCAGAGACAUCUAUCCGUCAGUCAAUUCUACGACACGUUUUGUACAGGAUUUGCAAAACUAGAGGUUUGCUGCGGUUUUCUCUGGUCACCAGGAGAAUUGUUAUUGUGCCGUAUUUCACGACGUGCAAUGUAUUUUGGAGCGAUGGCAUUGUCCAAUAUACCGAACAUCCUGACGUACUACGUGAUGGCAAGGGUAUGAUGAGUGGCACCCUCGGCGCAUUUACUAGUUGCAUGUCCGUUACUCUCAUCUCUCGGCUGAUGCUUAACCUGCACAAAUCUAUUGACACUGGCAUUUUCUCUACCCUCGCUCCGGACGACGAGAGCCUCACUGUCAUUACCACCAGGGUCAAUGUACAGUCCGCGAUUUCCUCUUACCAUUGGUAGAUUGGUAACUGGAUGCGAAGUUGCGGAGAUUCUUGUGUGGAGAGGAACCGCAGGUAUAGAUGACGCU